CACCAGGAAAUGUCUCUUCCGUGUUGUAUUUAUAUACGGUGCCUUAUCCAGACCACCUGAAAGUAUAUUCACGAAGUUGAAGGAGGUUGGUCAUAGGUUGAAGAUGAAAAGUGUGAAAUAAUAGCUAGGAGGAUGGAUGAAGACCCAUUUCGUGUCUUUCUCUGUAAAGAGAUUUGUCAAAAUCUUGGAUCGGAGGACAUCAAUGGCAUGGUUUUUUGCAUCAAAACUGAGGUUAACAACCAGGAGUUAGAAGGAAUAAAAAAUUCAGGGACAAAGUUGAUGGAAGUGGCGAUGAAAGCGAAUCUGUUUACGGAAUCUGACACAUCACGUUUGGAGACCAUGCUUGAUGCGGUUGGAAGGAAAGACCUGGUAGAAAAAGUCAAAGAAUACAGGAAGAACCUAACGGUUUUAUUUCCAUCGGUCGAAGCUCCUUGCAAUCUAGAAGAACAUGUGAUUGGAAGAAAGGACACGAAAACACGGACAUCAAAAAAACUUGAAACAGCAAUGAAAACAGAAGACGUGAUUAUACUUUCGGGUGUAUUGGGAUCUGGGAAGACUCAGCUUGCCAUAAAUUACGGGAACGAGUUUCACGAUAAGCAUCCAACUUCAGCUGUUUGGAUGGUACGCUCGAAAGACCAGGCAUCUCUGCAGAAAUCCCUGACAACGCUGGCAGAUAAACUUGGUGUCCUCAAAGGAAAAGAUACAUGUAAGGAGAGUGAAAAUCCCAUCAACAAACUGGGAGAUAUACUUGCAAAUGCUCUGAUGGGAAAAACAACACACAUUAUCAUCUUUGAUGAUGUUAAUAAAGACUGUCAAAAGAUUGUGGAAAACCUUAUCAGGAAAUUUGUACCUUUGAAAAAAACUCAGGGAUUCAUAAAAGUUAUCGUCACCACUAUGGAUGAUCUGCUGAAGAUGCCAAGAACAAACUGCAUCUCCGUAAGCGGAUUUACCGAGGAAGAAGCAGUAACUUUCUUAAGAAGGAACAACACUUGUACAGAUUCCGAAACAGAUGCACUAAAAAAGUUAGCAAGCCGUAUGAGUUAUCUCCCGUUAGGAUUAAGCUGCGCGAAAACGUACAUGAUUAACUGUCACAAAAGCGGAAAAUCCUUUUUGGAACUUUUAAAAGCCAACACACUAGAACAACUCGACGAUAAACUUAAACAGCUUGAUGAAAGUCAACGUGGUUUUUUCAGUAACUUGAAUACAUUUAUCAGAAUUAUGGAGAAAGAUUUGGAUAAAGAUGCAACAGAAAUGUUUCAAAUGACCCAGUUUCUAGAAAAUGAAAACAUACCAAUUAUAUUGUUUGACCUGUUGUCACCGUCUUCCGAAAGAUGCAACGAGGGCAUUGCUGGAGAAAUUCAGCACGAUGAUGUCGAAACGUGCUCUUCUCUUAGCACUGAUUCAUUAGUCCAGGCUGUACAGAAGUUUUCGUUUGGAACCGUUCAGGGAAUCGACGACAAAAGACUGCUCAACACACAUACAGCAGUAUCACUUACGUUACAAGCCUUCACUGACGAGAAAAGGAAGAGACGACUACUGAACAGGUUGCUUUGGACGUGUGCAUUGAUUUUGGACAAAGAUAAUCGACACCAAGACGACUACAACCGCAUGGCAUCUGUCCUUCCUCAUGCCAGAUCUGUCCUCAUGCACGCAGAGAAUAUUAUGGAAAAAGAUACCGAAACGUGUUUGUUGAUGGCAUUUGUUAACGACCUGGUGGCAUAUACUAGCAAUUUUGAAGGUUUGCUUGGAUUGGAGAAAUACCACUCCGACAUAGCUCUUCAAUUCUGUUACAAAGUUAUGGAGACAACAGAAAAAGACAUUGAUGAAGAGGUGUCUGACAAACAUGUACUUACAACACAUGAAACACAUCGUGAAUUCGCGAAAGCAAAAGCAACUGUUAUAGAUGAGAAAUUGACCGGGAUCCGACUGCCUCACGAACGAGAGAUUGAAAAAUUUAUAAGACACUUCAUCCUGCACAAGAGAAGAACUAAAAAAGAUGUCAAAAUACUGACAGAAUGCGUAAACAAUUACAAGGAAGUUGCAUUGACUAUGCAACAGUAUGAAGCCCUAUGCGAGAAGAAGAAGGCUGUCCAACUUACAGAUCUAAUGGACCAUUUCAUCAAAGAAAUGAUCUUGUCCAUAUUUUACACAUAUGGUCGACACAUAUUUUACAGAGGAAAGUAUUCAGAAGUUGAACAGAAACGCAAAUUCUGUCACUAUUUGUUUCUGGCUGAUGAAUUCGGAGAAAUUAUGCGGAGCAAAUGUCAAGAAUCCUUACCCCUUUACUGCAUGCUUGCUAAGUUAAGCGGUACAUUGGAGUUAGUCUUUGAAGAUAUACCUGAGUUAGAGCUGGCCACUGUCAACAACUUACAGCAUACAGCUAGAACACUUGAACAGCUUCUGAAUGACAAGUCUUGCUAUUAUAUCUUCGGCAUUUUCAAAAUGCAUGCACCUUCAGACAACAUCCACAGAUCCGUGUGUCUGAAACAGCUACUGAGGACUUACCUGUCACUUCUAACGCUGUGUGAAAACACUCGGAGCGAUAAAACGGAAAUCGUCAAGAAAGGGAAGGAAAUUAUAAAGAAACUGGAAAACGUUAAAUUCGUUUCCUAUGAUGCGAAGAAUGGCGGAGUAUGGUCACGAGUUGGUCAAUUUCAAUUUGCUGCAGGAGAUACCAAAGCGGCGGAAAACGCAUACAAGCUUGUGUGUCCUCCCAGCCUUUUAGAGGGUGAAGUUAAGUCCAGGUUUGUCUCAAAGCAUGAACUCACAGCGGCAUAUGGAUUGGCUGAUUGCUAUGACAAAGAAGAAAAGAAAGAACAUGCAAAAUGCAUUCUGCAGAGGCUUCUCAAAAUGCUCCCAGAUAUUCAAAAUCAAGAGAAGGAAAAUGUACGAAAACGCAUUUGCUCAUUAGACUCCAAGAGCUAAUAUGUAAAACAUUUUCAUGGAUAUCCUUUAGGAUUUUGUCUUUAUAUGUAUUGUAUUUGUUACUAUUUUGCUUAUUACUUAUGUUUAUGUGAGCUUGUUCUGAAAAAUAUAUGGGCAGAUGAAUGUUGUUAAAAAGAUGAUAGUCUGUUUCUGAGUAGUUUUGACAGUAUUUAUCUGUAUUUACCUGUGAUUUUACCUGUUGUUAACCCUUCUAUCUAAGGUGGUUUUCUAUCUAAGCUAGAAGCUGAUCACAUUUAAUUCAAUAUUACAUCACAUUAGAUAUUUAGAUUUUUAAACAGAUGUUAAAAUUUAAUAUAUUUCAAUAUUAACGGUGAUAUAUACACAUCAAUCCGCCUGAAGGAGCCCUAGAAGACAGAAAGUCCUAGCGGUACAUCUUACAUAUGUAUUAAUUUAUUAAAUAAACAUAUAUAUUCAAUAUUAAAUAUAUCCAUUUUGAAGUCCUU